AAUUUGGCUGGCGUGAACAGUAAAUAAAUCGUUAAUUUAUCUCCUCGACGUCCCGCUCAGAGGCGGGCGGCACCAGAGGGGGCGCGACAAGAGGCGGGGUGGGUGUGCGGGAAGGGAUCCCCCCCCCCGCCACGCUCCCCCACUUAUAGGUUGAGAUAUCGACAGGAGUAUGUUCGAAUGUUAAUCGCUUUACUGUCUCGCGUCUUCAUUUCACCGCGACUAAAUAGACAAUCAUGCAUCGACCCGAGGACAAAACCACCGGUUGAAACCAAUCGGAUGUGCUAAGAGGCACUACUUUCUGGUCGAGCUCGUCGAAGUGAUAUCAAAACCUAAUGAACUGAGAAUUGACAUCUACUGUUUAUAAGUUCGUAUUUAAUUCACUGUAGAUCUAGAUCUAUCUAAAAUUAAAGACUUUUUUUUAUCUGUUUGACUUCAAGGACUUGUUUUUUUUUAGUUUUGUGUCUACUGAGUUUGUACAGGUUUCAUACGGAUUAGUUUUUUAAUUUAGAAAAUCUUUUAGCGCACUCUCUACAGGACGUCAAAAUAGAAGAAAACAUUUCGAUAGAUUGAGCUAAAUUAUCUGUGUUUUAUCUGUGUUUUCAAGUUGCUGGUUAUUUUGUGUGUGCCAAUUUUUAAAUAUAUCUGGACAACAUCUGGUAGACAAUGGCUAAAAACAAGGACCAUCUUGUAGUUGUGUUAGCCGUGGACCAGAGUGAGCAUAGCGAAUUUACCUUUAAAUGGUACAUCAACAACAUUCACCGUCCAGACAACAUCCUUCACAUUGUGCACGUACCGGAAGUCCCUGGUGAUCUGAGCAAGGUCAUGACGAGUGUGAAGGUUCAAGAAAUCACAGAAGCAGCUCGUCAUAAGAUAGACACCAUCAAAGACAAUUACCUGGAGUGGGCUUUUCAAAACGGGAUCCCAGAGGCCAAAUUUGCCAAUCCACACGGUAGUGAACCUUGGCAUGAGAUUGUGACGUAUGCAGAGAAAGUGGGGGCAGGCCUUAUAGUCAUCGGCAGCAGGGGUCAAGGUAAACUGAAGAGGACGAUACUGGGAAGCGUCAGUGACAGUGUGUUACACCACUCUGACAUUCCAGUCCUAAUCUGCAGAAGUAAAGAUUCCAAUUCAGUCAUCGUCAGUCACUGACGUCACACACAGUGCCACCUGAUGUUGCGCAAGUCCUGUGGAUAAAUGGAUGACACGUUUUCAUAACUUUAAAAAAAACUCAUCACCAUCGCUAUUUUGUGUGUCGCUUUGUGCGUGUGUGUGUUUGUCUGACUUAAAUGCUCAUUAAAAACAAGAAGAUUAAUUGUCAAAUGUUUGAAUAUUUUACGAAAUAAAUAAAUAAGCUGAAUAACAAACUUA